AUGGACAUGGCGGCCCAAGAGGGAAAUGUUCGACCCGCGACGACCCAUGAGAAGAAGGACGAGCUCUAUGGGGUGGAUGACGUGGACGCUGUCGCCCAGCGAUGUCGGAUGCUCGAGGCCGAGGCGAUGCACCGGGUCUUGAAGCAGCAAGAGGUCCGAGCUCGGAUCCGCUCCUUUCGACUUGCUAUCGCUCGGGCCGAGGUCGAGCACGACAAAACAAGCGAAGACGUAAAGGCCUUGAAGGGGCGGUACUACGACGCAAGACGGUCUUUUGUGGGCUUGGUGCCAGCCUACUCCCUCGAGGCGGAGACAAUGAUCGAGGACAUUCUCGACUUGGCCGACAAGCCCAAGACUUUGCAAGCGGAGCUCGACGCCGUGCGCACCAAGAAACUCGAGCUACAGCAGCAACUUCUCCUGCAAGAGAAGAAUUGGACAGCGCUUACGAAACUCAGUUCGGGUCAGGCUCAUCGCGUCGUGUCGCUCGAGAAGGAGAUCCAUGACCUUGAAGCGGAGAUGACGCACAUGGACGAGCAGUGCCACAUGUCCCGCAUGAGCCACCAAGACUGGAUGAACAAGAUCCAAGCGAUUCGUGAUCAGGAAGCGCGAGUGAAGAAGCAGGCGUCGCGGCUCCAAGUCGACACGCAACGUGACAUCGCCGUACACCAAGUCGCCACUCCGACGUCGCGGCUCCCGUGCAGUUGA